AUGUAUAUAAACCACUUAGUUUUGAAACAAGUGUUUUUCUCGGAAUCAAAACUGGAGGAACAGUCUUCGCGUAAAUUAUCUAACAUUGCUAAUAUAUCGAUUUCAGACGAAGAGUUUGUAUAUAAUGUCAAUUGCGAUAUUGAACAUUUCAUAGAACAACGCCGCAAUAACGGUGUACUACUUUUCCCUCCCGUUAAUAACUACCGUCGAUUUCUUAUACAUCAGACAUGUGAAAAAUUUCGGCUAAAAUAUGAUAUUUUCACAUUUUCCGUGGGGCAAGGACCAUUUCGGAGAACUGUUGUGUGUUUUAAAAGUCAAUUGAUAGACCCACAAAAACAUAGUGACAGCGCUGCUACACCCAGUUUCGAAACUCGCAGUAGAUACAACGGAACGCAAGUUAAGAAUUGGCGCACAGAUAGUCGACAGUGUGAACCCGUGUAUUUUACAAGCAAUAAUACCAACUACACUCCAUUGAUAGCAAGUGGUGUAAAACGCGAUAGAAAAAUGGGAAUGGAAAAGAAUUUGAUUGAUCCUAAAUUGAACAAACCAAAUAGUCUGGGCUUAUACAGGCCGCCGGCUUUACGAAACAAUGACCUUGAAACUUCCAAACAUAUAUCUAAUGCAUCCGAGACACAAGAAGUCCAAUCUUUAGCUGCCGCAUCUGACUCGCUUUGUUUUGCUGCAACCGGCUCAACAACUACCUCAAUAUCUUGUAACAAUUCACCGAUCCAUAGAAAAGAGAAUGUAGAUGACGUUGUGGUGGACAUGACGACCUCGACCCAACAAAGUAAUUUGGAAUUGAAGCAACAAUCGCAACAGCAACAGCAACUACUAAUCAAAGAAGUCGAUGGAAUACAAAAACAAACACAAAGGCAACAACAGCAAGCGAGACGUGAACGACGACCAGAUAGAGCUGUUUAUAUUCCAAGGGCACGACGUAGUCAAACAACUCCGCCAACGACAACACAAAUUCAGCAAUCAACACCAUCACCACCACCACCACCACCACCAUCAGCACAGGUAAUCACACCAACGGCUAAUGGUGGAACUACUGCGCCAGUAACAACAGCCGCAAGCCAUACAAGCAAAAGUCUAAGCCAACAAUUGGCAAUUACCGCAGACAACACAACAGCUGCUUCAGUCAAUGAAAAGCCUUCGUCUAAGGUAGACGAAGUUGGCAAAACUGUUAGUAAUAGCACCGGCGGUAGUGGAAACGCAUUGAUAAAGAAAAGAGAAAAAAUAAGCAAAGAAGCGCGAGAACGCCGAGAACAUCGUUCUUCCAAGAAAUCGUUAUCUGCUGCUCAAUCAAACCAAAUUUCUAAAAAUAAUAAUACAAAAUUAAACGAGAAUCUCAACAAGACACAAAGUGAUGACGAAUUUUCCUCACAGGCAGUCAUAGUAAUCGCUAAACAAGUGACCUCGCCGCCAGUGUUAGAGUUUUCUCCAACCGAAGUAAAUAUUCUAAAAAGUGUUGAUAACGCAAACCCCACAACCAAAGUGUUCGACUGUGAUAGCGAAGAUUUGCAGAUAAAGUCAGAAAGUGUUGAAGAUAAUCAAGAGUCGCGUGUGCCCAAAAAUUAUUUGAUUUGCAAUCGAGACAUUAAAGUAGAGGGUAUAAACGAGUUUGCCAAAGCUCACUUAUUGUCUGAACCUACUGACACGGUUAUUAGCCAUUUCACGAACGUAUCAAAUUCUCUCACUAACAUUACCAACAAUAUCGCAACAAUGCCCAAGCCGUCAAACAAGAUUAAAAACGGCAGCAAAGCAUCCAUUGCCGCGGAUAAUGGCAAGAUGCCAACAAAUUUACGUAUCGAAGACGUUGCAAGCCAGCCAUCGAAAUGCGAUAUCGAAGAAGAGGAAUUGCAACGUGCCUCAAAGGAAAUAAAUCGAAGUAAUCGCCGUAUUAUGAAACAAACGUUUGUUUCGGAUGUUCUUCAAAUUCCAGAUAAUAUUGCUGAAGAUGAUAGUGAAGCAAAAGCGAUGACCUCCGUGUCGCCAACAACAGACCAGACGACACAACACACAAUCGAUAGCAAUUCAGAGGAGGAGGAAGAUGACUGGGAAAAACUGUAUGAUGAUAGUGGGGAAUGCAUAGAUCCUAAAAUUAUGCAGGAAUUGGCGGCUUCUGUGGGGAAAUGCAAAAUAGAAUUGCCCAAAAUGGAUUACAGUGCAUUCUUAACCAAACAAUCAAUUUUAAACGAUGAAGAAUUCCCACACGUUUUGGAAGUUUCCAAUUUUCCCGUGGAAUUUAAAAAUCAAGAUUUGUUAAUGGUUUUCUCGCAAUAUAAGGAAUCUGGUUUUGACAUAAAGUGGGUGGAUGAUACGCAUGCCUUAGCUGUAUUCAGUAGUUCUCGUAUAGCUGCUGAAGUUUUGACCAUGGGGCAUCCAUUUGUUGUUUUAAAACCAUUGGCAGAAGCAACUCUGGAGUCUCGCGUAAAGGCUAAAAAAUGCGCUGCUUCAUUGCAACCAUAUCGUCCCCGCCCUGAAACUUGUGCAGCUUUAGCUCGACGUUUAGUAACUGGAGCACUGGGAGUAAAACUCAAAACUGCCGCAGCCGAAAGGGAAAAUGAAAAGCGUGUUUUGCGGGAAGCCAAAGAACGUAAACUACUAGCAGCCAAACAACGAGAUGAAGUCUGGGAUAGCUGAAGACAGCGAUCGAAUGCGUUAAUGAUAGAUGAUAAUACGGGGUAGCUGAUGAGGAUAUUCUGCCAUCCAUAAAGUAGUAAUAAGGUUAUGUUAAACAUUAGCAAAUAGUUACCUAUAUCCUCGUGUGAAAGGAUAUGCGUAGUUAUACGAGUCAUAUGUAUGUACCACUUUUCAACUGAAAUUAUCUUUUCGAAAUGGAGCCAUUUUUGAAGCAGUUAUUUUGGUCCUGAAUGUUUUCCCGUACAUAUUUAUAUUAAAUAAUUAUCAAAAAUACUGCAAUCCAAGAUUUUCGAUUAAUUGUUUUACUUAUUUUUGUAUCGUUUAAUCCAUUAAAUUUUUCUACGAUUGUAUAUAGUAUAAAAUAGUCCAUAUACAUGAUUAUUUCAUAAUUACAUACUCUAAGUUAUGAAAAUGAAUUGAAUAUACAAAAUAAACUGUUUUAAAAUAAA